GCGUGGCUUCUCUCGAUGGCCCCGCCCCCUGCGGUGAGGUGGCGGGUGCGGCGCGCGCCGGGCGCAGAGCGCGAUGAGCGGCGGUUGAGUGAAGGUCGGUGGGGAGCUGCGGCCAUGGUGGCGCACGACGAGCUCGGUGGGCUGCUGCCCAUCAAAAGGACUAUCCGGGUCAUCGACGCGCAGAACCAGCACUUCAGGGAGCAGGAGGAGCCAAGCACUAAACGGGUCCGGCCUUUAGCACGAGUCACCUCCCUGGCAAACCUGAUCUCCCCUGUCAGAAAUGGGGCGGUUCGACGCUUUGGGCAGACAAUCCAGUCGUUCACCCUUCGCAGCGACAGCAAAUCCCCCGGCUGUGCCCAGAAAUCAUGCAGCAGAUCUGCUGCUCCUACUCCCCCUAAGAGGAGGAACAGCGUCCUUUGGUCUGAAACGUUGGAUACCAACACGAAAGAAUCCCUGAGCACCAAAGAAAUCAAGCGCCAGGAGGCCAUCUAUGAAAUGUCCAGGGGAGAGCAGGACCUGAUUGAAGACCUGAAGCUGGCCAGAAAGGCCUACCACGAUCCCAUGCUGAAACUCUCCAUCAUGUCUGAGGAGGAACUCACCCACAUUUUUGGGGACUUGGAUUCCUACAUUCCUCUGCACGAAGACUUACUGGCAAGUUUGGGAGAAGCAACGAAACCAGAUGGGACAGUGGAGCAGAUUGGGCCCAUCCUUGUGAAGUGGUUACCCCAGCUCCACGCCUACAAAGGCUACUGCAGCAAUCAGCUGGCAGCCAAAGCGCUCCUGGAUCAGAAGAAGCAGGACAGGAGAGUCCAGGAUUUCCUGCAGCGCUGCCUGGAGUCUCCCUUCAGCCGCAAGCUGGACCUUUGGAGCUUCCUGGACAUCCCUCGGAGCCGCCUGGUGAAAUACCCCCUGCUCCUCAAGGAGAUCCUGAGGCACACUCCCAAAGACCAUCCCGAUAUCCACAUCCUGGAGGAAGCUAUAUCCAUAAUCCAAGGAGUCCUCUCUGACAUCAACCUGAAGAAGGGCGAGUCCGAGUGCCAGUACUACAUUGAUAAGCUGGAAUACCUGGAUGAGAAGCAGAAGGAUCCAAGGAUUGAAGGCAGCAAAGCUUUGCUGUGCCACGGGGAGCUGAAGAAUAAAAACGGACACAAGCUCUACGUCUUCCUCUUCCAAGAAAUCCUGGUGCUGACGCGGCCGGUGAGCCGGAACGAGCGCCAGGCGUUCCAGGUGUACCGCCAGCCCAUCCCUGUCCAGGAGCUGCUCCUGGAAGACCUCCAGGAUGGAGAUGUCAAAAUGGGAGGCUCCUUCCGAGGAGCUUUUGGGAAUUCUGAUAAAGCCAAAAACAUUUUCCGAGUCCGCUUCCAGGAUCCGGCGGCGGGCCAGUCGCACACGCUGCAGGCCAACGACGUCUUCCACAAGCAGCAGUGGGUGAACUGCAUCCGCACGGCCAUCGCCCCGUUCCGGAGGAACAUUCCCGAGCUCCAGGAGCUGCCGGAGCUGAGCGAGGAGUCGGAGGAGAACAACCCCGCCGUGCCCAACGUCCCGGCCCAAAAACGCCGCUCGGGAAUAUCCCAGAUGGAGCUGGACGAGAGCGCGGCCGAGUGCGGCUCCGUCCUGGACUCGGAGGAAGCCAAAGGGAUGAGAUCCCACAGAACCUCAUCCGGGCACAGAAAAUCCAGGGAGAAGCAGCUCAGCGGGAAGCGGAAAGAAACGCUGGUGUAAGGAAAAAAAACCCAAAAAACCAAAAAAAAGAGCCCUGGUGCCACCCUGGGGGAAAACUGUUAAUUUAUAAAUAAUUCUGUGUACAUUUUUGUACUGGGAGCGCCUUCGGAGCCGCUCCGCGGAUCAAAUCCUGGGUUUGUCUUGGAAUGGCAGCUACUGGUGUGCAGUUACUGUUGAACUGGGGUCUGGUUUUACUCUUGGAGUCCGUGAGGGGAUUUCCAAAACCCUCCUGGCAGAGCUGAAGAGCAAAUUGGGGUUCCCCAAAGUUUUCCACGGCAGUGGUAAAGGAUGGAAAAUAAAGUGGAAUUUUGGGCAGCACCAGGGGUUUUGAUGAACACUGCGAAAGUCCUUUAGAGGACCCUGAAGUCACUCUGCUGUGUGGUUAUUCCUUCAAAUCUGCGUGUUCCAAAAGAAAAAAUCCCAAAAAACCAGACCCCAGGUUCAACAGGUUCUCAGUUCACCUACUGGAAUCUUUGAUCUCCGUGUGUCCUUUGUACAUUCCUCUGUCCCGCUCUUGUAUCCUGCCAGCUAUUUAAUUUUUUAUUAGUUUGAUUUCCACUUUGGGGGUUGGGAUUUGGGGGUUUGGCUUUGUUUUUUUGUUGUUGUUGUUUGUUUUCUUCGAUUGGUUGGGAUUUUUUUUUUUUUUUUUGUAUUUUUUUUUUUGUUGCUCAGACUUGGCAUUUCCUUUCCAGUACUUGAUCCUUCGUGCUCCGAGGGGUGACAUCACCCCGGAGCAAUCCACGGGCUGGGAGGAGACACUACUGAAAGAGAACUGCUUUACUCCAGGGUGUAGGAAGGUGGUAGGCACGUUGUAAAAGGGUUUGGGGAGCAGUGAGUAGAGGGGGUAGCAGGGAGCGAAGGUAGAUUCCGUGUUUUUGUCGCCUUUUGGGAAAUGAAACGCUUCCCAACGGGAAGCAGGACUUGGAGGCGACCAAGGGGUUCUUGCAUGUGGUAGAAAGGUAGAGGAGAGGAAGUGUUGGAGUGUGAGGAGAGGAGGAGGAGGAGGAGGAGGAGUGGUUGGAAACACUCAGGGUGGCAGCACUGCCAUCUUCUAGCGCUCCAAAGAUCCCGGGAAAAAUCCCGGGAAAGAUCCGGCUUGGGAACGGCGCUGCAGAGCCGAGGGGGAGGCAAAGGGUGACAGCUCUGAGCACAAACGGGGGUGUCCCUGAAAUGUGGGAUUGGGGAUCCUGCAGUCCCUGAAAUCCGGGAUUGGGGAUCCUGCAGUCCCUGAAAUGUGGGAUUGGGGAUCCUGCAGUCCCUGAAAUCCGGGAUUGGGGAUCCUGCAGUCCCUGAAAUCUGGGACUGGGGAUCCUGCAGUCCCUGACACCUGAAAUCCGGGAUUUGGGAAGCCAUAUCCUGAAAUCCAGGACUGGGGAGUGGGAUCCUGCUGUCCCUGUCACCUGCAAUCCAGGAUGUGGGAGUGAGAUCCUGAAAUCCAGGAUUUGGAAUCCUGCAAUCCCUGUCUCCUGCAGUCCAGGAUUUGGGAGUGAGAUCCUGAAAUCCAGGAUUUGGGAUCCCACAGUCCCUGUCUCCUGCAAUCCAGGACUGGGGAGCCAUAUCCCGAAAUGCAGGAUUUGGGAGCGGUGACUCCACAUCCAGGGAUCGUCACUGCCUGUGCCGUGUCCGGCUGGGAACUUUGGGAAUGGCGGAGGGUGUACACGGACACAGCGUGUGGUUCUCUGUAAAUGUUGUACAGUUUCCAGUGCCAAGUUCCAUUAAAUUCCCGAUGGCCUCUCA